AUGGGCGAACGAAGGCCAAGAAAUCAUUGCUUACAUUUGUUACCAUUGCGAACGACUGCUCGGAAGCGGUGCUUGGACGAUAUGGAACGCGCGGAAGGAGCUGGCGAUGCGUAUGCCAUUCACGGUGAUGGUACUCGAAACAGCGGUCCUGGUCGGAUUUUUCCGGAGCCGGCAAUAGAGCUGGUACACAGGAGCGAUUAUGUGUUCCUGACCAGGUACCACAGCUAG